AUGAAUGUCGUCCUUUUCCACAUGGCCCCCAAACCCGUCUUUGUAUCAGGCGAGCGCAAAGCUAUCGACACCCUUGAUCAGAUCCAUGACGAGCAUGCGGCUGCGGACUUCGUCUUCAACCUGAUGUUCGCAACCAAAGCGUUAUACGAGAACGAGUCAAUAUUCGAGUCCGACAUUGAUGAGAAGAUAAACGAAGCCUUAUCGCUCAGCGCUAAGAACAACAAUUACAAGCAUGGAUUGCUCAUAAAGGCAGCUCAUUGGGCUGGUGUCUCUGCAGUCGCGAAAGAGAUGGUCGAAAUGCACUACAAAACUGAAGGCAAAGCUGAGUUGGUCGAAUUAGCAAAGUCCUCGGAUUGGCUGGCGAAGAUGGCGAAGGCAGUGGGACUGAGAAAGUGGGAUCGCUAG